AUUCGUUUUCAGUCACGUUUCCGAGUUCAAAGCGAGCGGUCAUAGAAAAUAGAAGAACUUGUUGCUAUUUGUGUAUGUUUUUUUGAGCCAUGUCGAAGCCAGCCCUAUACUAUGCGACACUGAGUCCACCAUCGCGCGCCGUCUUGCUCACAGCCAAGGCGAUUGGUCUUGAACUUGAACUGCGCCCAAUUAACCUACUGAAAGGUGAACAUCUGACGCCAGAGUUUCUGAAAUUGAAUCCACAGCACACGAUUCCCACAUUGAUCGAUGGCGAUGUCACCAUCAUAGAUUCGCAUGCCAUAUGCUCCUAUCUGGUUGAGAAAUACGGCAAGGGACACGAGUCCCUGUACCCCAAGGAUUUGGUGCAGCGCGCCAAUGUGGAUGCACGUCUACAUUUAGAUUCAGGUCAUCUGUUUGCCCGUUUACGUUUUCUCUAUGAGCCUGUGCUCUACUAUGGCUCCACGGACUGCUCCGUCGAUAAGAUAGCGUACGUGCAGAAGUGCUAUGAGAUACUGGAGGGCUUCCUCAAGGAUCAGACAUACCUAUGCGGCAAUGAGGUGACCAUUGCCGACUUUUGCUGUGUGGCCACCGUGACAUCCGGGAAUGAUGUGGCGCCCAUUGAUGAGUUCAAGUUUCCCAAGGUGCAUGCCUGGCUAAAGGCUCUGGCUGAGCUGCCCUAUUACAAGGACGUCAACGUGGAAGGUGCCGAGGAGCUGAAGGCGCUCUUCAAGGCCAAACUGGCCGAGAAUCGCGCCAAGUAGUAGCACUAACAUUUAUGCAAUAUAUAUGUAUAAACACUAGUGGGCGUUGCCUGGCUCAUAUUUCCCGCCAGUUGGAAAAUAAAAUUUUAAGUUUUUACAAAAUA